AUGGCAACGCCUGCAUGCCUCCUGCUCACCCUCAUCCUCACCGGCGUCCAAUCCCAUUACGAAUAUCCUACCCUCCUUGACGACAAGCGGCUCGAACACCUCCUCCUCGCUGGCAAACAGAUCCUCUACAAGUCACAUCAAGAAAGCGACGUCCGACAAGCACUCGGCUUCUCGUCCAAAGUCUGGGCUGGCCUCACCGCAGUCUUCAAGGCGGCUGUACCGGUGCUCGAGGGCAAGAGUUUUGCGAGGUCACAGCGCGAUGAUGCUACAAAUGGCGGCGAUGUCGAGAAUGGCGAGCCGCUGAGCAAUAGUUCGUCAGAUCUGAUCGCCUCGAACUAUCUGAGCUUGGUCAAGGACAUCGAGAGACUAAAUGAUCUGUGUACAAUAGCGAGGAACUUGCUAGCGACGACGAAACGAGCACAAAAUCUGGCAGCGGAAGAAGGCUUCGACCAGCAAGUGUUGGCUCUUAUCAAUGUCUGCGUCAAGGUCACCGCCAGAGGCUUCGAUGGCGAAGGCGGCAAUGUACGCAGCGAGGAGCGCUGGGGAAAGGUUGUCAACCUUUACAAGAGAUUGUUGAUCACAUGUUUGCAGUUCUUGCACAACUUCAUUAUGCAUAACGAGCAGAGAAAGCUGGUGCUGUGGUUGGACCUAUUCGGAGUGGCUGCGAAGAAUAAGAUUGCUGAAGCUGAGGCGGCCAGAGCUCGACUUCCGACUACCGAAGCAGCGAAUGCGCAGGCGAAUGGCGAUGCUGCAGCGACACAACAACCACAAGCGAACACUCUCGAGAUCGAGGUCACAGUCGAAGGCGGAGAGAACGUCGGUGAGGACGAAGACGUUCGCGAUCGCGUCUCGGUCGCAAUGGAGAGAUUGCAGCAGAUGGCCAAUAGCAACCUUCUACCAAGCGACAUGGCUGCCGGACUCGGCUACAGCAUGGACGACGUACACGCACUCUUCGAUAUGAUGAGCACAGAGGACGGAGCGACUGCGACUGCACAAAACAACGCUCGGCUACUGAUGAAUAAGAUUAAACAUGAUAUGGAGCGCCUGUCUGAGCUCCCAGGACCACCAGACAGCAGCUCAGAUCCUAGUCUGAAAGUCAGCGAAGCCGUGAGGGCGCAAGUGCCCAACAAAGAGCUGCCUCCCUCCGUCGAGCAGGCCAUCAGAAACGCCGCCAUGAACAUACAACGUGGCCAAAAGAUGUGGGACGGUGCUUUUGAUGCUUCCUCAGUCGGCAUGGCACCCGUCAAGAACGACGAGAUACUCGAGCAAGACUUGCAGAUGCCUCGUUCCGCUCAGUCCGCCGCCGAGACCCUGCAAGAAGCCAAAGACGAGUUGAUGGCUCGACUUCAAGAUCCUCCAUCCGCACUCGACGACGAAGAGGACCUCUAUGACGACGAUGCGACAGCUUCGGGCAUUGUUGAGAAUGGUCACGAGUCCGGUGAAGAAAUAUCUGAUCCAGAGGAGGAUGAGCUUGACGAUGAAGAUGAAGACGAUGCUUCGGAUACCUCGUACCGGCCGUCCAACGACCAGGAGCGCGGUUUACUCACCGAUGUGCCUCUCGUCCUAGGGCCGACCGAGAUUGAGGCCCUCCCCAUGAUCAUCCAAGCUGGUAUCGUUGACAACUUCGGUACAAAUACCAAGAACAGCACUCCACAACACACCGCACAAGAACGACAAAACAUUCGCAACAUGCAGUCGGUCCGCUGUCACAUCUUGCUCGCGCAGGAAGCUGGCCGAAAUGUGCUGCGUGAGCUUCUCAUCUUCAUCGCAGCCUGGGACCUGCCGGACGAUGAAUUCUACUUCAAGAUGAUGGUACAGAUCAUGGAGGCGAUUCUCAAGAAUGGGCUGAUGAGCCAUGCAUAUGCGGACUUCGGACAGGCAAAGGACAUAAUAAGUCCUGCGCAGGCGGUGGUGGUCAAGAUUCUGACACAUAUCUAUCGGAGCAAGUACAGUCCUGCAAGCGCCCAAGCGGAGCGAAACCGAGGAAAUAUGCGACCUGGAGCGGAUGCGAAUGACUUGCAGGCUCAAUUCAAGGGUCUGAAGGCUCCGGCGGCGCUCACUCGUGUUGACGUUCUGACUGUGCGCUACAUUUUCACCGUGUUCCGUGGCAAUAUUGUACCAGAAACAUGCGCGUUGAUCUACCUGCAGGGUCAGAUCCGGCAAGGACUGGCGCUGGCGGAAGACUUCCCGUUGAAUCUGUGGGAUAUGGAACGAGUCUACGAAGGCGUGUACCAGUUCCUGGAGUUCUUCGCGGUCCUCACGGAGAACAACGACUGGAAUCGGCUCCUGGUAGACUGGGAGAUCGUGUAUGAUCUUGUCACACUGAUCAAAGAGCUUGAGGGCGCUGUGGCGAAGGUCAAUCCGUUGACUGUUGCAGCUAAAGCCAAAUCAGGCGAAAAUGAGAUGCCGCCCCCAGCGCUUCCGGCGGAACCAGAGCCCGCCUCAACAGUGCCUGUCGCUGUUGAACGACCUUACAGCCUUUCACCUUCGCCCUCUCCACCUCCGCCGCUGCCAACUCAUGCAACGACUAACGGCACAAUGCAGCAACCGAAUAACAACCACAACAUUUCUCCUCCACCCCUCGCUGCCCCGCCGCCACCUCAGCCUCCGCUACCCGAAGACCCAUCAACAUUCCCAUGGCGUAACCUCAAGAAGCUCAUCAUCCUCGUCCUCUCGUCCCUAGUCUGGAAGUCGCGCCACGUUCAAGACCAGAUUCGCGAGACCGGCGGCGUCGACGUCAUCCUCAACUGUACGGUGCAUGACGCCAACAAUCCGUACAUCAGGGAGCACGCUGUGAUGUGUCUGAAGUUUCUGCUCGAGGGGAACGAGGUCAAUCAGGCUUUGGUGAGAGAACUGGAGAAGGAAGGUGGUGUCAAUGGGCAUGCAGGUUGGGAUAAGGAUCAGGAAGGGUGGGUUGGGGGGUAUAACAAGGCGGCGGAGGAUGUGGUGAGACGAGGAGGAGUUCGGGGCAGGGCCGUUAGUGAAGGUGCCAUGCCGGCCGGAGGUGUGCCCGGACGUGUUGCUGGAAACGGCGGUCAAGUUGGGAGCGUUUUGGAGGAGGUUGAUUAA